AUGGAGCCCCGCCGUCGCUCGAUCGCCAGUGCCAUGGCCUUCGGCCUAGCACUCGGGGCGGUCUUGCUCGCCGCAUGCCUCGGCCCCACGCUCGCCACGACUUGCCAAGCCCCUGUCCCGAGCACGGACUCCUCGGGCGAUGGGACCCCUCCGGCUUCCAUCGCACGGCUGGAGACGGCCAAGCAUGCAUCCGACGCCACCAGCGCCGCAUGCCCGCCAAUGUGGAGCUACUCCGCCUGCUCCAACCGAUGUGACUACUGUGGACCCGAGUGCGCCUCCUGCCAGUUCACAUCGAACAUCUGCCAGAUGAGCUGUCACUCCUGCAAUUCCGGCUACUUCCUCCACAACAGUGAAUGCAUCAGAUAUUGCCCCCAGGGCUACUACGAAAAUGCAAGCGCCCGCAUGUGCAGCCCCUGCCAAGCCCCCUGCGUCACCUGCAGCAAGUCCAUGGAUGCAUGCCUUUCAUGCAGCACCGGGCUCCUUCAUGUGGAUGCCUAUGCUUGCGUCAGUGUCUGCCCGCCCUUCUCCCGGCAGGAGGGCACUCGGUGUCGGUCCUGCCCGGACAAAUGCGAGGUGUGUGACGCCCCAGUGGCCGGCCCUGCCGACCAGUCUCUCGACAGCAUCGCCUUGACCUCGAGCGCGGUCGACCACUGCGACAGGUGCAUGAGAGGCUACUUCCUGCUCCAUGGGGCCGAGUGUGUUGAAAAGUGCCCGGAAGGCUUCUUCCCCGAUCACACCGACACCGGCUCCAUUUGCGCCCCCUGCCAUGCGGCUUGUGAAACUUGCACUGGCCCGAGUGCCGAUGAGUGCAUCCCCCCGCGGAAAAGCCCCGAAAGCAGCCCCAAGGAAAAGCCCAAAUGGGGGCUUGUCAUCGGCCUGAGUGUCGGGCUGGGCAUCGUGGCCUUGCUCGGGUCGGCCCUCACGUCGAUGGUCAUUGCUCGCGGCCGGAAGCCGCACUUCUCCCUUCGUCAAGUGCUCUCGGAAUAUUCCUUCUCCUCCUCCACCACCAGCCCCUUGAAGUCCCUGCCCAGCAGCCGGCGAGGGUCCUCCUCGAGCAACCAAAUUUCCUCCUCGUCCCUGCUGUCCGAGCAUGAGCAACUGUACAUCUAG